CCCUCCUCCCCGCGCCGCCACCACCAAGAACCUCAUCGGCUCCGGUCUUACUCUCCUCGCCGCGGCGGAGGCAUCCGAUCCCCCACGCCACACUCUCCAAUGGCUACCAAAUCCCAAAAGAAGAAGGAGCUUUCCGGCCCCAGCCCCUCUAUCCAGGCCAAGCCACCCACCCCCAAACAAAAGCCUAACGCUCCGAAACCAGCGGCGGAGCAAGAUACGGCGGCCAAGAAGCCGAAGAAGCAGAAGGAGACCAACGAGAUCGACGACAUCUUCCAGGCCACCAAGCCCGAAAAGAAGCGCAAGCCGCAGGAGGAAGGGGAGGUGGCCGAGGGGGACAAGAAGCCCAAGAAGAGCAGGGCCGAGGGGGAUAGCAAGAAGAGCAAGAAGGAGAGUAGGGGUAAGGGAUGUGAGCCGGUCCAUGAGGAGGUUGCGCAGAAGCGGCCGCGGCGGCGCACGAAUGAUGGGCUCACCAUUUACUCCGCGGAUGAGCUCGGGUUCGGCAAGGCCGACGCCGGCGGCACCGCGCUCUGCCCCUUCGACUGCGACUGCUGCUUCUGAGCCUUGUAGGGGCCUUCCGUGCCCGAGGUGAUGCGAUCAAGUUUAAAUCGUUGAGGUCUGUUGUAAUGCUCGGUUGAUUUGGUAACUAUGUGCUUAGGUUUGUGAUCAGAUGAAAUGGAAUUUUGGUUCUCUGCUAUCCACUUUUUUACAAGAGCUUCACAUGAUAGAUAUUUCUAGUGUAACCAGUCGCUUUGGACUAGUUUCAUGAUGCUAUCUAGUUCUUCUGGUAACUAUUGUGAAUUGGCAGCUCAAUGCUA